CUCAGGCACUUCACUCCGUUUCCUCUGCUUGCAGUCUGACUGGUGCAAACUCUAAUCAUGAGCAAGAACUUCUUGUCCAGAAAUGAUGAGCUCCGCAAGGGAGACCAUCUGGUGUCCAACAACGGAGAGUUUAAGGCUGUCUUCCAGGACGAUGGUAACUUUGUGGUCUAUGGCUAUAAGCCUGUCUGGGCUUCAGGCACUGAUGGGCCAGAAGCUUUCCGCCUGAUCAUGCAGGAUGACUGCAACCUGGUCAUAUACAACAAUGGUGACAAAGGCUUGUGGCAGGCAAACUCUUCCAGACCUAACACUGGCAGGUGCCGCCUUCAGCUGACCGAUGAUGGCAAACUGGUGGUGAGCAGGGCUGCUGAAGUAGUCUGGACCUCUUCUUAAUGAGGCAUGAAGUGAUCCAUGAUGUAUGUCAAAGUCAUGUCAAUUUGUCACCAGUAAAACAUACCUGUUAUGUAAUCUGGGAUUAAAUAAAACAAAAUUCACAAUG